UUUUUUUUCUUUUUUCUCCUCUCGAUAGAUAAAACUAAAGAAUAUUCCGACACCCUUUUUUUUUUUUUUUUAUAUACAUAUAUACAUAUAUUUUUGCUAUAAUACGAUAAUGAAUACAACAGAAGAUAAAAGCGAGAAAAAGUAUCUGGACUACAAAAAGCGAAUCCGAGAAAUAGAAGAAGAAAACGAUAGUAUCAGUUCUCAGUUAGCUAAAGCACGUCAUCAUAUCAAACGUCUCCGAGUCGAAAGAAUUGUUUUAUUAGAGGAAAUCGAUGAUUUAAGACAAGGUCGUUCAUCUCGUGUUAAAAAGUCGGGUGGUGCUGAAAGUGAUUCAGAAAUGUCUAUUUCCGAAUCCAUCAUUUCUGAUGUCAAGGGAGUCCGAAAGAAUGCGGCUGCUACUCCUCGAAAGAAGCGAGAUCCCAACGCACCCAAAGGACCUGGUAAUGUCUUUUUCCUCUAUUGUCGUAUGGAACGCGAUAAUAUCAAGGACGAAGUUCCCAACGAGAGUUUAGGUGAAGUGACUCGUCUCCUUGGCCAAAAAUGGAAAGCCUUACCCAAAGAAGAAAAGCAAAAAUACUACGACAUUUAUAAAAAGGAGCAGGAGGAAUAUGAGUCUGCCAUGAAGAGUUAUACAGCUGCUGGUGGUGGAUUAGAAGGCGCUGCAGCGGUUGAGGCGGCUAAUAAAGUCAAACAAGAGGGUAAAUUAGAUGAUUCGGAUGAAGAAGAGGAAAUAGACAUGCUUCAAGAUGACGAUGAUGAAGAUAUCGAGGAUUUGGAUGAAGAAAUCGAGCAAGAGAUUCACGAAAAUAGUCAUGCUAAGGAACAUCUUCAUGCUAUCGUCUCACCACCUUCCUCAAUAACAACUACAGAUACAAUCCCAGAAUCAACUACUACUAUUACUACUCAACAACAUCAUACGCUUAUUUAGACGCAAAU